AUUUUUACAUCUCUGCAAGCAUUAUUAAAAUGUACUACACAAUUAUACAACUGCGUUUUCUCCAUACCAAACACAAUAAUAGUUUCGUUCUAAUUUUUUAUUUAACAGAUUUUUACAAUUUAUAAAAAGAAACGUAAAAGCUAUUAGAAAAAAAAACAGAAAAGACGCAAGAGCGAAACGAACGACGACUACGUUAGUAACAACUAUUAAAGAAAGUAUACAGGGAAAAGGAAAAGACACAGAAAAACUAUAAACAUUACAAAAACUAAGGUAUCUUUAAGCAAUUUUUCCGGUAAAAUUCUGCGAAUCUUAAAAAAUUGACUAUUAAAGAUAGAACCGACCCCAACUCCCUCUAAUACUAGAAACUAUCGUGGAUAAUAAAAAACAAAAAUUUUUUAAACGAAACUUUUGCUCACUGAACUCUUUUGUAAGAGUUUACUGUAUCCUUCGAACGAUCGAACGACCGACCACACAAGCACAACCACCACCGAUUGAUACCAACUCUACAUAAAUAAAAAAAAUAAAUACAGAGAUAUACCUGCAACAGUGCAACAAUGAUGGAGUCCCCUCCCCUUUUCAAUAGUGUUGAAGAUGAGUGUCGUUACUGGAAGGAACGAGCUAAACUUUACCACAAAGAGUGGACAGAUGUUAAGCAAGAGUAUGACGAAUAUGUAGAACAAUCUCGGGAAAUGGAAGCCGAAAUGGAUGCUACAAUUGAUCAAAAAACAGCAACAAUAAAAGAUCUCAGGUUUAAAUUAACCUCAUUGGAAAAAGAAAAUGAAUCACUUAAACGCAAACUCGAAUCACAUAACAUAGAAUUUGCCAAUGUUGAAAAACAAUUGGAAAAUGUAAAGCUAGAACGAGACUCAAUGAAAGAUUACCUGCGACAAUUGGAACAGAAAAACGACGACCUAGAAAGAGCACAUCGCAUUCUGAAUGAAAGCAUUGUUGAUUUUGAACGAAUGCUGGACAAAGCUUAUGAAAAGAAUGCCCUACUCGAAAUGGAGGUAGAUGAGAAAGAAGUUUUACAGGAAAAACUACAACGUCUAAUGGAUGAAACAAGAGAUCUGAAACAGGAACUUAAUGUGAAAACCCGUUAUACCACACCCAAUGGCACACAACAGAAUGGCCUCAGUCCGGGUUCGGAACUGAAUACACCGAACGGUAUUAAUGGUGAUAUAAUGUCACAUGCUGAGACGGCCACAGCUACAUCAGCCAAUAAUGUUAUACUAAACAAUACCAAUAACACAAAUCCACAGACAGCAAACAUAAAUGAUUAUCAGUUACAGCAGCGUUCAUUAAAAAGAAAACCAUUUGUCGAUCCGGAUAAUUUACUUAAUGGCAAUGCAGCAAUGACCGCUUCUUCACGUACAACUGCAUUAAAUAUUGUCGCCGAUAUGCUCAGAAAAAUCAAUUUGGAUAAAGCACUUUUGUGUCAUCAAUGUGAGAGAUUUCGUUGUGUAUGUGAACGAAUGUCCAGUGAUGUGGCAACAAACGUAACACUGUCUGACCAUAAUAUUAGCCGGAAGUCAUCCAUCGAUAACAUAAAUUAUAAUACGACUGUGCAAAAUGCGACAGAAGAUUCUACGACGGACAACAAUAACGUCCUACUGAGACGUUCGGCCAGUCGCAGUAAUACAAGUUUGAAUUUUGGCACAAAUAUUUUUAAACGUUUCGCCGAACGCAUGAGUGCCAAUAAUAAUUUUUUCACCACAACUUUGAAAUCGUCAUCAUCAUCGAUUAACGAUAUUCAAAGCGAUCCACGAUAAUUGUAAAAUGUUUCAAUUACAUACAAAAGGACUGAUGCUAAUACAUGUUGUAACACAUGUUGUGUAAACAAACCGAGGAUAUAGUCUUAGGUAGAUGUAGACGUUUGUGUUUAGUUUAUUUUUUAAUUUUACUUUUUAAGUUUAAUUAAUUUUGCUUCAAAUUACAUAAAAUAAUAUGUAUAACUUGUGCUAUUUUAAUAAAUUUAUGUAUUUAUUUUUUGUAUAUUUUUCUUCCUUUUGUUAUUGUGUUUAGUGUUUUGUGUUUGCUAUUGUUUCUGACAUAAAUCAAUUGAGAAACGUUUACACCCCUGCGUCAAAAAUAGGAAAUUCUUUUUCCCAAAAAAUGCCCACUUUGUGCUAUAAUUUAUGUGGGUAAUAUAUUCUCCUCUCAGAAUAUACGAGAUGAGAUAUGCAAUUCCAAGAUAUGAAAAAAUAUUCUGGAUGAAUCCUUUCUUUGGUGACAUUUUCGGACCCUUGUCUUGUAUGAAAUUCAUUUCAUAUAUUUUAUUAUACGUCACAAUUAAAAAGCCAUUUGGCCAAUAAUUAUCACAGCUAGCAAAUAAAUUGUUAUACAUUGGUAGGUGGCCUGGAAGGAUUCGUUUGUAUAUAUAGACACCGGCUUGAGUCGAAUUGAUAUCAUUUCAUUCGUCUUUGAUAGGAAUCAGGAUUUGAGAUUCGACUUGCAAGCCUAUAUAGACAUGAGCUUUAACAUAACCCAACAAAAAAUGGUCUAGAGGUGGUUAAUUGCACGAUCUAGGUGGUUAAUUGACCGGUCCCGUUCGUGAAAUAUAAUGUUCACCGAACUCGUCUCUCAAUAUCGCAUUCUUGAAACCGCACGUCGGCCCUAGCAUUUUGGGCAAAAAAAUUUGGAUAUCAUCUCACGGUAGCGUUCACUAUUCACAGUUACUUUACGCAGCCCAAAAAUUGCUUCUGGCUGAUAUUAAGCUCAAAAUAUCAUUAUUAGCGUAUUCAUUGAGCCGAAAAUUAUCUUCGUCACUGAGAGUAAAGUGUCACAGUUCGCCAGACUCAACUCAACGUGACUUGGCAACCCGUAAUUUCGUCUUGGGUCGGACCAUCUCCCGAUAAUGGUCUCCAUAGUGCCCGAAAUUUCCCAACAGAGGUAGCGGAACUAGCCAACGAACUUGAUGAUCUCCAUCGUUCCAAACCUAUUAAUUCCAGAUUCAGUGAAUUGAUAGUGGAAGUCAACCGGUUAAUAUACAAGAUGAAAAAGGGGCUAGACCAUCUAAAGUGUUUCAAAAUUCGAACCGAUAUUCGUAAGCUAUGGGAAAAAUUAUGAUAGGAUCUCAGUCACGUUAAACGACGUAAGGUAAUUUAUCCAAAGAGGUGCGCUAGAUAUUUUAACCGAUAAUUUGAGCACUUCGAGCAUUCCGCGUUCGAUCGGGAGAAGCAUAGAGUACUGCGUCGUAUCACAUCUCUUCCCGCCGAGGAGGCACCACCACAGUUUACGAUGGUUGAUGCUGCAAAUGACAUUCGAAACUCUAAGUCAUCUAAAGCGUUGGGCCCAGAUGGAAUCUCGAUGGCAAUGUUGAAACAACUGAAUAAGUCGCCUGCUUAUGUCGACAGUAGCGAAGAAUUUAGAGAUUUUACUCCUCCCCAGCAUCAGAUUAAGCUAUUCAGUUGGAGAACAUCAACACGGAUUCCGUUCACAACAUAGCACCACAAUGGUACUAAAGGCUAUAUUCACACAUUUUAGUCGAGGAUCAAUCCAGAAUAAGGCGUGUCAUAGAACAGUGUCGGUAGCCCUUGACGUAGGCAAAGGCAUUUGAUACAGUCAACCACGCCACAAUGUAUGAGGAUGUAGAGAGAACUACCCUCCGGUAAUGUUUUAAACGUUGGAUUAUCAACUCUGGAACAAGAAGUCUAAACAGCGUAGAAUGAAACAGGGAGUUCCCCAAGGUGUGGUCAUAAUCCCGAAACUGUUUAAUCUCCACCUUUCCGGCAUUCCUCACCUAUCAUCAUAACAUAUGCGUAUGAUUAGCGUCGGGUCACGAUGUUGAUGACAUGACGUAUGUGUAAGGUUCAAUACCUAUCUCGCGGAGCUUGCCGCUUAUUUCUAUGCGAGAAAUAUGAAAAUAUCCGCCACUAAAUCAACGGCCACACUCUUUUUUCAGAGUUAAUUCCGACCACAAAUUACCUCAAAUUUCUAAGUAUCAUUUUCGACAGCAUGUUCAUGUCAUCCGCGCAAGCCUCAACUAUCUGCGACAAUAUGAAAAUUAGGAACAAGAUCCUCAAGGCGCUAGCCGGCAACACUUGGAGUGCGGACAAGGAAACCUUGUUGACCUCUUAUAAAGCGAUAGGUCGGUCUGUGGUCAGCUAUGCGGCUCCAGAGUGGUCUGCGAAUACUAGUGUAAGCACAUCCACACCUGCCAGAAUGCUGCCCUGAGAACUGCGAAAGGGUGCCUUCUCAUGUAGACCAUCUACAUGAGGUUAAAGUCCUUCCCUUACGUCAGCACAAUAAUAUGCUUUCGUUGCAGUACCUGCUUGGGUGUUACCGAGAGAGUCAUCCCAACCAUCAUAUGGUGAAUACAACUCCACCACCCAGGCGUGACAGGAAGGACUUACACGAUCUGGAGAGAGAGGUCCAACGCUAUAAAAAGAACCUCUGGAUCAAAGAGCCUAUCAGGCAGGCCUGAGUGGCAUUCAUACCGACGCAAUCGCGGAUGCUAUUAGCAGUUAUAAGAUGAAUCCCGUCCUCGGAGUCCACCCCCAAUCCAUUGCAGCUGAACAACGCCAGCUGCCUAGACAAACCAGGGUUUUUUUGACGCAAUUACAUUCAGGAUAGUGAAGUCGUCUCAAUUCGUAUUGGGCACGAAUUGACGAAGAUGUGCUUGACGUCUGCCCGGCGUGUGAUACUGACCCGCACAAUACGCUGCACCUCUUUAAUUGCACAGCCAAACCUACCAAACUCACUCCAGAAGAUAUCUGACUACAGCCCAUUAAAGUAGCCUGAAGUUUAAACCAGAUUAGCAAAAGCAAACACUGCUACAACAACAACAAUGAAAAAUACGUGAGCUGUUUUAACUAGUGUUUCAAAAAAAAAUAGCUCAAAAAUCACCCUUUUUUGAUAUGGUAGUUGAAAACAUGUGCCGGGAUACUGGAUAUUUUGUUUUCUAACAACCCAAAAGGAAUGUUCUUGAACGAGUGUUUGGCAUUCGAGGAAUCAGUUGAAAUGUUGAAGAAAAUAUCGGAUGUUUCACGACUUAUUCAUAAUUCAAUCAAAUCAAUCAUUAAGGUAAUGGGAGGUUAUGCCCAAUUAAACAAGCUCAAAGUUAACAUUUAGCCUGAAGGAUUUGCCCAGCUGAAAAUUCACAUUUGAUUUCCUUUAAAUCAUUACCCCGAUGCACACCAUAAUAUUGAGUUAAAAUUAUUUAGCUUUGUUACAUAUAAGGAAUAUUUUAAUUUACUACAUAAAAAUAUAUUCUAGAAGGUUAAGAUCUGAAAACAAAUUUCUAUGUAUGACUAGCUACGUAUAAUACAUAUUGUUAUACAAUACAAAUUACAUUUGCUGCAUUAAUUUAUUUACAGGCAAUCGAAACAAAAUUGAAGACCUACCGAGAGCAAGGACCAACAAUACAACCACGACAAUGACAAACA